AUGCCACACGCGAAUCGACCACUCAGUAUCGUUAACGAGUCAAUCUGUAGCGGCGUGUCACCCGCCGCGUCUUUGGUCAUUGAGAUUCAUCCAGCGCAAGAAGAUGUGGAUUCGAAGCGCAGCAAGCGGUCCUUGGUUAUUGGGAUUCAUCCAGCGCAUGCCGCCAAUCGCCAGCGGGCUCCACGUGGCGCCUGGAGUCCAGGCAGCGGCCUCAUCGUCGCCGCUUUUCGCCUCCUGAUGGUAACCGCGCACUUCAACUCGUUCGUCGCCGUCGCCAACGCCGCCGUGCCGACAUGCGCUAGCCUCGCAGCUCAAGCUCCCUCGUUGAACCUCCUGCGCAAUGCGGGCUUCGAGGAAACGUCCGACGCAGCAGCAGACUGGCCCUCGCCCCUGUCCUCCUGGGUGCCGCUCUUCCCCGGCGGCGCAGCAGCGCAGCAAGGGCAGGGCGCGGGGGACGGGGAAGGAGGAGGGGAGAUUCCGCCCGGGGACCCGUCCGCUGCUGCUGAGGGCGGUCGGUUCGUUCGCCUGCAGCCCAGCGACGGCAACGAUGCCAACCCUCUCCCGCUCUCGAGCCUGCUGCCCUGGCGCCAGCACGGGCCCUACUCCUUCCAGCUCCCUCCCUCCUCCGCCUCCGCCGCUGCUCUAUCCUUCCCGCCGCAAGGCGUUGCUCUGCACCUCGUGCUGCUCGAGGGCGCUGGGGUGGACGGCGGCAGCGGCGACACGUCGUCUGGCUUUGUUUCCGGUCCUGGAGCUGCGUCUGUGCCUGGAGCUGCGUCCGUGACUGGAGCUGCCACCGGUCCCGGAGCUGCCUCCGUGCCUGGAGCUGCGUCUGUGCCUGGAACUGCCUCGGUGCUUGGGGGUACAUCUGCGUUGGGAGGUUUUUCAUCGUCUGCCAAGGCGGCAGCGGUGGAAGGCGGGGCGCUCACGUCAGCGGAAACGGCAGUGGGGAGCAUCGAUGUGGAUCUGAUCACAGUGGCUCCCAGAGGCACAGAGAACGGGAUCAUCACAUGCACGACGAUUGACAGCGCCAGUGGCACCACCCUCAACAGCAGCCUGCCACAUCAGCACAGCCUGGCAGUGGAGUUUGACACGUCAUCGACCCGUCUGUUUCUGGACCCAACGGUGCACCACGUGGGGAUCAAUAUGGAUUACAGCAUGACGUCAGCAGGCCAUGCGUCCGUGCACCCCGCGGGCAUGGCCUGGCUGGGCGGCAAGGAGAACGAGACGCUGCAUGCGUGGGUGGCCUACAACGCCACCGCCUCGCUGCUCUCCGUGCGCCUCUCCUCCUCCUCGCCCGCCAUGCCCCCCUCCGCCCUCCUCUCCCUCCCUUUCAACGCCUGCGAAUACUUUCACAUUCCUCCGGAGGAGGACGGAGGGGAUGGUGAGGCGGUGUUGGUGCAUGCGGGGUUUGCAGCUGGCACGGGGCUGCUGCCGCUGCACACUCAGACGCACGAUAUCCUGUCCUGGGCCUUCCAGGUCGACACUAAAGCGCCGGCGCCUCUCCCCAUGUGGCAGCCGCCGUCGCUCUCCUUGCCCUUCCUCACGCCAGCCGCGCCCUUCACUGCCUCGGAGUUCCCCGCAUGUCGCCUUAACAGCACUGACACGUGUGCGCCUGGUGUGUGCCUGGAGGGAUAUGAUGCUUCCUCCUUCUGCCUCUGCCCACCCUCGUUCUUUCCCCUCGACUACUCUAACCUUCUGAGGCGUCCCUGUAACCCAGCCUCAACCUUGUGCUUCUCCUACUUUUCCCACGACCACCCAAUCACCCUCCGCGUCCCCGCUCCCGUCUCGCCGCCAGUGAGCAAGUCCGCUGUUCGAGUGCCCUUCUUCCCAGCGCCCCCCGGCCUCACAUGCCCUCUGCUGCUCGACAUCUUUGACCUCUCACCUCAAGAGCUGCUGGACAGCAACAAGGGCUUGGCAUGCCACAAGCCCAUACCUCGUGGGUUGAUAGUCAACGUGUCGGCAUCUGCUAACAAGAGCUGCACCAACAUGUAUACGACUAACCAGGGUGACACGUGCAAGUCAAUCAACAGCCUCCUUGACACCAACAUAACAGAUCUAAACCGUAACAUUGACUGCUCACAACCUCUUGUACCUGGAAAGCGCAUAUGUGUGCAGAACAACACCAACGCCCGCACGUUCCCGGUGGCAGCCUGCAUGAUUCAUCAUGUUCUCGAUUCGGAAGUGCACACUUGCCAACAGCUCUCCAUAUUAGGCGUCGGGUGGAGCCGCUUGGGCUACUCUAACCUUUUCCGCGUCAACCCCGCUCUCUACUGUGACCACCUGCUGCCCGGUGCAGCUGGAUGGGACGACUCUGUUCUCAAUACGGUGUGCGUGAUGGUGGAUGAGGAGCCGGAUUAUGGAGGGAUGCCAUUCGCCUUCACAGAGUAA